UUUUUUUUUUUGCAUUUUUUUUUUUCAAUCCUGGAAAUAAAAAAGUUGGUUUUCCCUCUCCCGAUUUUUUUUGGCUUCGCUGUUUUGUUUUGGUGGAGGUUUUUCGUUGGCUGCCCCCCCGGUGCGUUCCCAUGAAAUCGUGCGGAGUGUCGCUCGCCGCCGCCGCCUGCGCUGCUGCUCGAAGUCUCGGCGCUACUGCUGGUGAUGAGGAAAAGAAAAUGGCGGCGGGAAAAGCGAUUGAAACCGAAGAGGACUUUCCGAGGCUGACAGCGCAGGAGAGGGACACCCUGGCCGGGAUAGACAGCCGGCUGUUUGGAUUUCAGAGGCUUCAUGAAGAUGGCGCCAGAACGAAGGCCUUGCUAUUAAAGGCUGUUCGCUGCUACGAUUCUUUAAUCUUGAAAGCUGAAGGAAAAGUUGAGCCAGAGUUGUUUUGCCAGCUAGGUCACUUCAACCUCUUACUAGAGGAUUAUCCAAAAGCAUUAUCUGCAUACCAGAGGUACUACAGUUUACAGUCUGAUUACUGGAAGAAUGCUGCCUUCUUGUACGGCCUCGGUAUGGUUUACUUCCAUUAUAAUGCAUUUCAGUGGACAUUGCCAUUCUCCACUGACGCCCCCUCUGGACAGAGAAGGGCGAUUAAAGCAUUUCAGGAGGUGCUUUACAUCGACCCCAGCUUUUCCCGGGCCAAGGAAAUUCAUUUACGACUUGGGCUGAUGUUCAAAGUUAACACAGACUACGAGUCAAGUCUAAAGCACUUUCAGCUGGCUUUGAUUGACUCAAAUCCCUGCACUUUGUCCAAAGCUGAAAUUCAGUUUCACAUUGCUCAUUUAUAUGAAAUCCAGAAAAAAUACCGUGCUGCAAAAGAAGCUUAUGAAAGCCUUUUGCAGACAGAAAAUCUUCCUGCACAGGUGAAGGCAACUACUCUGCAACAAUUAGGUUGGAUGUAUCACACGGUGGAUCAGCUGGGCGAUAAAGCCAACAAGGAGAGCUACGCUAUUCAGUGUCUGCAGAAGUCCUUAGAAGCAGAUCCUAACUCUGGACAGUCGUGGUACUUCCUUGGCAGGUGCUACUCAAGUAUUGGGAAGGUUCAGGAUGCAUUUAUUUCUUAUAGGCAGUCUAUCGAUAAAUCGGAAGCAAGUGCAGAUACAUGGUGUUCAAUAGGCGUGUUGUAUCAGCAGCAGAAUCAGCCCAUGGACGCACUGCAAGCCUAUAUCUGUGCAGUCCAGCUGGAUCAUGGCCACGCUGCAGCCUGGAUGGAUCUAGGCACCUUGUAUGAAUCCUGUAACCAGCCCCAGGAUGCCAUUAAAUGUUACAUUAAUGCAACAAGGAGCAAAUUGUGUAGUAAUGCUUCUGCCCUCACAGCACGGAUUAAAUACUUACAGGCUCAGUUGUGUAACCUUCAACAAAGUAGUCUACAGAGUAAAACUAAAAUGCUUCCUAGUAUUGAGGAAGCAUGGAGCCUACCAAUCCCUGCAGAACUUACCUCCAGACAGGGUGCCCUGAACACAGCACAGCAGGCCUGUAAACCUCAUCAGAAUACUGAAGUAGGCCUUGGACAGUCACAAAUGCCACAGCAGUCAUUGCCUCAGCACAUGGCUCCUUCAAGCCAAGUAGAUGACCAGUCCAGUCCUGCCAAGAGAAAACGAACAGCAAGCCCAGCCAAGAAUACUCCAGAUUCCUGGCCCAGCGGCCAUCCUGUUUCAAACAAUCCAGUGCAACAGCAAGUUCCUAACUGGUAUUUAACACCACAGAAGCUACAGGUUUUGGAUCAGUUACGAGCAAAAAGGCAAAACCUGAAGCCACCACAGCUGCAGUUGUUGGAACAGCUGGAGGGGCAGUUUGCUUUGAUGCAGCAGCACCAGCAGCAGAUGAGACAAAAUGCAGCCGGACAGGUACGACCAACUGCUGUUCCUAACGGGCCAACAGUCGACUCGUCACUGCCUACAAACCAGGCCUCUGGUGCGCAGCCUCAUGUGGCUCUGUCCAGAGCGCCAAACGUACUGCAGCCUGCAGUCCGGCCCAUUUCCUCUGGGCAGCCCAUGGCCAACGGACCUUUCCCAGCAGGCUCAGUUCCCUGCAGCACAGCUGGAAUGCUGGGUAAUACAGACACUAUUUCUGUAGGCAAUAAUCACUUAACUGGAGUGGGAAGUAACGGGAACGUGCCUUACCUGCAGCAACACGCACUAAGUCUACCUCAUAACUGCACAAACCCGACCAGCAGCAGCAGCAACGCAGCGGAGCCGUGGAAAAACCAACACGUAAACGCCACUCAGGGGCUUCACAAAGGUCAAAGUUCUCAUUUGGCAGGUCCUAAUGGUGAACGACCUUUCUCUUCCACUGGGCCUUCCCAGCAUUUCCAGGCAGUUGGCACUGGUAUUCAAAAUCAGGUUGGACAUUCCACCAUGCCUAGCAAUUCACUAACACAGGGGGCUGCUCUCAAUCACCUCUCCUCUCCUCCUCACACUGCUACCUCAGGUGGACAACAAGGCAUUACCUUAACCAAAGAGAGCAAGCCUUCAGGAAACAACACAACAUUGGGGCCUGACAUCAACAGGCAUUCCGGAGGGACGCCGAACAGCACUGCCACUGUUGAAGGACUCCCUAAUCACGUCCAUCAGGUGAUGGCAGACGCUGUUUCAAGCCCUAGCCAUGGAGAAUCCAAGUCACCAGGUGUACUUAGUUCAGACAAUCCUCAGCUCUCUGCCUUGUUGAUUGGAAAAGCCAAUAAUAUCGGGGAUCCUGGGGCCUGUGAAAAAGUUAAUAACGUUCACCCGGCCGUGCACAGCUCAAAGACUCAAGAGAACUCUGUUGCCUCUUCACCUUCUUCAGCCAUUUCCACAGCCACCCCCUCUCCCAAAUCAACAGAACAAACUACCACAAACAGUGUUACCAGCCUUAACAGCCCUCUCGGUGGAUUGGGACAUACAGUGAAUGGAAAAGGUCUUGAGGACUCCCAAAGCCCCAUGAAAGUAGACCCACCCUCAAUCAGCCACAAACCAACCCUUCCGCUUGCACCAUCAUCCUCGGUCUCCAUCUACCCCAGCUCUGCAGAAGUACUCAAAGCCUGCAGAAACCUGGGGAAGAACGGCUUGUCAAAUAGUAGCAUUUUACUGGACAAGUGUCCCCCCCCUCGGCCGCCGCCUCCACCUUACCCUGCACUGCCAAAGGACAAGCUCAACCCGCCCACUCCCAGUAUUUAUCUGGAGAAUAAGCGCGAUGCUUUCUUUCCGCCCUUACAUCAGUUUUGUACAAAUCCAAACAACCCUGUCACGGUAAUCCGGGGUCUCGCGGGAGCCCUUAAACUAGAUCUAGGUCUGUUCUCUACCAAGACACUAGUAGAAGCGAAUUCAGACCACCUGGUGGAGGUACGGACACAGCUGUCACAGCCUACUGAUGAAAAUUGGGACCUGACUGGAACUAGGAAGAUGUGGCGCUGCGAGAGUAGUAGGUCACAUACUACCAUUGCCAAAUAUGCACAGUACCAGGCCUCGUCAUUCCAGGAAUCACUACGGGAGGAAAAUGAAAAGAAAGGGCACAAGGAACAUUCAGACAAUGAGUCAACAUCAUCUGAUAAUGUGGGACGACGCAGGAAAGGUCCUUUUAAGACCAUCAAGUUUGGGACAAACAUAGACUUGUCGGAUGAGAAAAAGUGGAAGCUGCAGCUCCAUGAGUUAAGUAAGCUGCCAGCGUUUGCACGAGUGGUGUCUGCAGGGAAUCUCUUGAGUCACGUUGGCCACACGAUCCUGGGGAUGAACACAGUCCAGCUCUACAUGAAGGUCCCUGGCAGCCGAACGCCAGGCCACCAAGAAAACAACAACUUCUGUUCUGUUAACAUCAACAUUGGACCAGGAGAUUGUGAAUGGUUUGCUGUACCAGAGCCUUACUGGGGUGUCAUGAAUGAUUUCUGUGAAAAGAAUAAUAUAAAUUUCUUAAUGGGCUCCUGGUGGCCAAACCUUGAAGACCUUUAUGAGGCAAACGUCCCUGUGUACCGGUUUAUCCAGCGACCCGGAGAUCUGGUCUGGAUCAACGCUGGUACCGUCCACUGGGUUCAGGCCAUAGGCUGGUGCAAUAACAUCGCUUGGAAUGUCGGGCCCCUGACAGCAUACCAGUAUAAGCUGGCCGUGGAGCGAUACGAGUGGAAUAAACUGCAAAGUGUGAAGUCCAUCGUUCCCAUGAUUCACCUGUCAUGGAACACCGCACGAAACAUUAAGGUGUCUGACCCCAGGCUCUUCGAAAUGAUCAAGUACUGCUUGUUAAGGACAUUAAAGCAGUGUCAGAUGUUGAAGGAGGCUCUAAUCGCUGCAGGGAAGGAGAUUAUGUGGCAUGGGAGGGCAAAGGACGAGCCAGCUCACUACUGUAGCAUCUGUGAGGUGGAGGUCUUUGAUCUGCUGUUCGUCACAAGCGAGAGCAACUCUCGGAAGACCUACAUAGUGCACUGUCAGGACUGCGCGCGCAAGGCCAGUGCAAACUUGGAGAACUUUGUGGUGCUAGAACAGUACAAAAUGGAGGACCUGAUGCAAGUCUAUGACCAAUUUACAUUAGCUCCUCCAUUGCCUUCAUCUUCAUCUUGACAUUAACAUUAUUGUUCUGUGGACAAUAUAUAAAGAGAAACAUUUCUGAUAUUCAGGAAGUGACCCAGUUCUGCACCACUGGUUUCUGUAGCUAUCCCAUAAGGCUGCUGGCUGAAAGCUGUGUCUCUAUGCAACCUUCCAAGUGCGGAGUGUCAACUGACUGGAUGGGAGAGGGUGCUGCUCCUUUUCCAGGACAAUUUAUAGCUGUUUCAGCUGUACUUAUAUAAAAAAAGAAUCAAAAAGGACAAAAAAUAUGGAAAAAUGUUUUGUAUAUAUAAAUAUCUGUCACAACUGGCAACAUCACAGAAAGACUACUGACUUGACAACUUUCUCUUUUGUAUUCUGUUUCUGGGCUGAUCAUCACCCUUUUUUCAUUGAAGUUUUCCCUUAAAACGAGUACUAGCUUAGCUGGUCUUUUGUAUGGUAGAUAGAAAUUUUGAGUCUCUUUGGGCAACAAAAUAUAAAAAAAUUUUGUAAUGUGAAGAGUUAGGUGAAUAUAAUUUUUUACAGCUUUUAUGUUUUCUCUGUCUUGUUAUUUUGAAACCAUGAUGUUAAUUUUUUUUGUUUCUUAGGUAAAAAAAAGAGAAAAAAGAAAAAAAUAACAGCCAAGUCACAAAGAUAAAUGGGUUGCACAUAGACUAAGGAAUAAACUUCAAAUUUGUGAUUUUUUUGUUUCUAAUCUUGAUGUAAAUUUACACUAUUUAUAAAUACAUAUUUAUUGCUUGAAAAUA